UGCAGGUGACGGAUCAGCACCUGGACCCGCACCUGGACCAGCACCUCAAGACUGUGAGGACGAAGUGAUCAAUUGCGAAAACUGUGUGCCCAAAUGCGAGAUGUCACAAGCAACGCAUGAUGAAAACAGUGUUUAUUCAUCGAGAAUAAUGGCCGAACUAGAGAGUAAUGGAGUAUCGUGCAAGAAAUUAAUUGGUAAAGGAACGUAUUCUACGGUGAAAAAAGCUUGGAGUUCAAGGCAUUCGAAAUUUGUUGCUAUUAAAAUCAUAGACAAAAGAAUGCCAUCACGUUAUAUACGAGAAUUUCUUCCACGAGAGCUACGGAUUGUUCCAAGUCUCAAUCAUGCUAACAUCAUUAAAGUUUAUGAUAUAAUUUGCUCUGGACCGAUUGUUUGCUUGGUGCAAGAGUAUGCGACCAAUGGUGAUCUUUUACAUAGGAUUAAAUGUAAAAAAAGAUUAAAUGAGGAUGAAAGUCGUUUCUUCUUCCGACAAAUAAUCGAAGCGCUCAAGUAUCUAAAAUCAAUUCGAGUAGCACAUCGUGAUUUGAAAUGUGAGAAUAUUCUGUUGGAUGCUUUCGACAAUGUGAAAUUAUGCGAUUUUGGUUUCGCGCGACACCUGAACGACGGUGAAUUCUCGAGAACGUUUUGUGGAUCGCGAGCCUAUGCAGCACCAGAGAUAUUGCGGCAAAUUCCAUACAACGGUUUUUCGGUGGACGUUUGGAGUGCCGCAGUAGUGCUCUACAUAAUGAUAACUGGUGUGAUGCCGUUUAAUUUCGAUAAUCCGAAAAAGAUGUUGAAAAAGCAAAUGAAGCACAGACUGAGCUUCCCGAAACUGAUCUUUUUGAGUGAUGAAGUCAAGGAAUUAAUCUACGAUAUGUUGAAUCCAAGCCCUACGGAACGACUCACCUACGAAGACGUGCUAAACUCAAAGUGGCUGAGUAGCGCUCCGUUUGUAAUGCGAACAGAGUUGAUUCAAAUCGAGCAACGAAAAGCGUCGAGCAGCGAAGAUCAAAGUGAGCAAAACAUGAACGAAUAUUCAAGUUCUUGGGAAUUCCUGCAACGGCAUUAA